AGGACGUAUCCCGCACGUAUCACACGACGAUGGCCGUGUCAUCAAGCUCGUCUCUCCGGUGCCCAUGGCCGGACCUCCAGCCGGAGCUGUUGGGCGUCGUGCUCUCGCGGCUGCCGUCGCACACCGACCGCGUCCUCCUCGCCGCCGUCUGCCGCGCAUGGCGCUCCAACGCGCGGCUGCUGCGCCCGCUUCCCCCGCUGCUCCCGUGGAUUGCCCUCUGCGAUGGCACCUUCCUCAGCCUCCCCGACUGCGCCGUCCACCGCCUGCCCGCCGCGGACGACGGCGUCUCCAUCCGAGCCUCCACCGGCAGCAGGCUCUUCCUCGUGCACGGCGACGGCAGGUGCUCGCUGAUGAAACCUUCCCCCUCUGCGACGACCCCUGUCCCCGAGGCUGCCUUCUGGUUCCAGGGAAAGCCCGUCGUCCGGAAGGUGGUGGCGUCCGAUCACCUCAUCGCCGCUCUGGUGGAGUCAACAAAUUCCACGACCGCGAGAGUCAUCAUCUCUACUCGUGGGCAGCCAUGGCACAUCACGAGGUGCUCCACGAUGGAGUGGGCGGAGCCUGAAGGCGGCUUCGUCAGCGACAUUGCCAUCUUCAAAGGAAAGAUCUACGCCCUCCUCACCACAAAUGUGGAGCGAUAUCGUCAGCAUGAACUUUGUAUCCUGGACGACGGCCACGAGCAGACAACCAUCCACGGUACCCUAGUAGGGCGGGAGGCAUGGUAUGAUCCUAACUUGACCGGCUUCUACUUGCAGCGGAACUACCUUGUCGUCUCCGGUGAUAGGCUGCUGAUGGUCGAACAAAGGAUCAGCGAGCCGUGGCCGAGAGACUGGGGACCUUUGAAGCUGACACGACACUUCAAGGUAUUGGAAGCAACGGACCUGAGCAGCAGCGGCUGUGCACACUGGACCGAAGUCGAUACAUUGAUGGGGCGCGCGCUCUUCGUCAGCCAAGGGUGCUCCGAGUCCCUCCCUGCCAGUGCCGGAGGUCAAUCUAGCGGCACCGGAGUUGAAGAAGAUUGCAUCUACUUUCUAAACGAGAAGAAAGGAUCUAGUCAGCCUGGUUUGGCCUUUCUUAACUUAAAGCCGGGCAGGCCCUUCGUUUCAAAAAUAAACAGGGGAAAUUGUGAGAAUGCCUUUCAAGACUCUGGGGUGUACAACAUGAGAGACCGGACAGUGAUGCCAUUGCUGUCGGAGACGGUAGUGGCGUCCACAGCCGGCGAAGGUCCAUGGUCUCCUACUUGGCUUUUUCCAGAGCCUUGAGUUAAGCUAGUUACGCUGUAUUAUUAGUUACUAGGAUUUUUCUUAGAUGUUGCAGUAUGUAUUGCUUCCAUCUCCUUUUUACUUUCGCAAUACCAAUUAGACACUUUUAAAGUUCUAUAAAGCAUAUGCUCGAGACUGUGAAGUGUGAACAAAUCAUCUCUUGUGUGUGUGUGGUAUAGGAAUAUCUGGAAUUUAAUUCAAAAUGAGAAGCUGCGGAUCAGCACAAGCUGGGUGCAGAGCUUGUGCACAAGCAGACCCACAUAAGCAAGAGAACUGCAAAGCGUGUUGUAUUUGCAUGUGAUGCUGAAAUGUGAUACAGAAGCUUUUUCUCUCAAACAUGAGCUCCUAGAAGAUGUUAAUCUGAUAUCCAGCGAGCAUACCUAACUUGUCGCCGCUGCUACCGGCGCCGCAAGGGAAUAUUUGGUCCCCUCGCCUAUCGCUACCAUCUUGGCGCUGAGAGAUGGGGCAACUUCGCAUCUUCAAGAGUUGUAUAUUCUUUGUCAUCGUUUAGUAAUCAUCGUAUUUUGUGAGAAUAAAUUUACUUUUUUUAUGGUGCCUUGAGGUUAGAAAGUUUUUUGUCCUUGCAGAUUUCAUUAUUCAGAUCUGAUGAGUUGAUGUUGGUGUGUCAAAAAAAAUAUUGGUUUGAUUUUUUGUGAAAUUGAAAUCUCUUUAUCGGCA